AUGCGUCUCGCCUUAUUUUUUUUCUUUUCUAUCUUUGUACGUUUACGUUCGUUAUUCGCUCCUUUCAAUUUCGUCUCGUCUGCCAUUUUCUUGACAUUUCCAGCUUUGCUUUUUCAAAGCAUUUUACGUCACGUUUUUCUCUCUCCUUCCAUUCUUCUUUUACUGAUUUAUCUUGCCAAAUAUACACAUCUCGUUUUCUCUCAAUCACUCACUCACUCACCACUCACCCCUCUAUCUAUCUAUCUAUCUAUCUAUCUAUCUAUCUAUCUAUCUCAAUCAGAUCAUCUCAUUGUCUAUCUAUCUAUCUAUCUAUCUAUCUCAUUCAGAUCAUCUAUCUAUCUAUCUAUCUAUCUAUCUAUCUAUCUAUCUCAGUCUGUUUAUUAUCUAUCUAUCUCUCUAUCUCAGUCAGAUCAUCUCUCUCUCUCUCUCUAUCUAUCUAUCUAUCUAUAUAUAUAUAUAUAUAUAUAUAUAUAUCUUAAACCGAGUAAUCUAUCUAUCUAUCUAUCUAUCUAUCUAUCUAUCUAUCUAUCUAAGCAGAUUAAUAUCUAUUUCAAAUGUGUUCAUCGUGUUUAUUCUGGUCGCUUCAUAAUAUCGUCUGUUUUUUAUCUAUCUAUCUAUCUAUCUAUCUAUCUAUCUAUCUAUCUAUCUAUCUAUCUUCAUUCUGUUUCUAUCUAUUUAUCUAUCUAUCUAUGUAUCUAUGUAUCUAUCUAUCUAUCUAUCUUGAUCUCUUCGUAUCUAUCUAUCUGUCUUAGUUUUUCAUAUCUAUCUAUCUCGGUCUCAUCACAUCUAUCUAUCUAUCUAUCUAUCUAUCUAUCUAUCUAUCUAUCUACGACAAUCUAUUCAUUAUCUAUCACAAUCAGUUCAUUAUCUAUCUAUCUAUCUAUCUAUCUAUCUAUCUAUCUAUCUAAGCAGAUUCAUAUCUAUUUCAAGUUCAUCCUGUUUAUUUUGGUCGCUUCAGAAUAUAGUCUGUAUUUUUCAUAUCUAUCUAUCUAUCUAUCUAUCUAUCUAUUUUAUUCUAUUUACAACUACAAUAAGUCCCCUGUAUUUCCCUCUCCCUCUCGUUAUCUCUCUUUCUCUUUUUCUUUCUUCUUUCUCUUCUACUUUAUUAUACACCCUUUUUCAUGCACUAUUUCUCCUUUUCUACUCCGUCUCUCUCUCUCUCUCUCUCUCUCUCUUUCUUUGGUUUUCUUUCUGUCUCUAUCGCUUUCUUUUCUAUUCUCUCUCCUCUUCUCUUACCCAUCUCUCUCUCUCUCUUUCUCUCUUUCUCUCUCUCUCUUUCUCUCUUUCUCUUUCUCUCUUUCUCUCUAUUGUAAACUAUUUUUCUCGUACGAUUUCUCUAACUCUCCUCACAGUUCUGUUAUUCCUUCCAUCUUUUUCUCCCUUCUCUUUACUGUACAUUUCUCAUACACUACUUUUCCCUUUCUCUUUCCUUUUAGUUUAUUUACCCUCUCUCUCUCUCUCUCUCUCUACCCCCAUUUAUUUUUCUCCUCCGUCUCUCUUUUCUUAUCUUUAACGCUCACCCUCUAUUAUACACUAUUUCUUCAUCUCUUUCCCUCUCUCUCUCUCUACCUUCCUUUUUUUAUUGCGCAUCCUUUCUUAUACACUAUUUUUCAUUAUUUUCCUUUACUUUCACGUACUUUAUUUCUCUUUCUAUCUUUCUCACCUCCUCCUCUCCUUCUAUAUCUCUCUAUUGCACACCCUUUCUCAUAUCGUAUUUAUCCCUUUCCUCUCUCUCUCUCUCUCUCUCUCUCUCUACUCCCAUUUAUUUUUCUCCUCCGUCUCUCUUUUCUUUUCUUUAACGCUCACCCCCUAUUAUCCACUAUUUCUUCAUUUCUCGUCUCUCUUUCCCUCUCUCUCUCUACCUUCCUUUUUUUAUUGCGCAUCCUUUCUUAUACACUAUUUUUCAUUAUUUUCCUUUACUUUCACGUACUUUAUUUCUCUUUCUAUCUUUCUCACCUCCUCCUCUCCUUCUAUAUCUCUCUAUUGCACACCCUUUCUCAUAUCUCUAUAUUGUAUACUUUUUUUUUUAUAUCUGAUCUCUCUCCCUCUUUCCCUUUACUUUUCUCUCUCUCCUCCUCUCCCUCUCUUUUCUUCUCUCUUUAUGAUCUACUCUUCACUAUCUUCCCGCCUUUUACCUUCUUUUUGUCAGCCAUAUUUUUCUUUAUAUCUCUUCUGCAUUCAAUUGUUUUUUUUUUCUCUAUUUCACUGAUGUAA